UCAGGAUUAUCUUAUACUUACAGCAUCAGCAUAUCGUGGCGAUUGCUCGGUAUCACCGAUCGGUACAACUGCUGCCGUUGUCUCGUGACGCAAACGAAAAUACGAAUGUGUACGCGUAUAGAGGUGACAUAUGCUCUCUUUUCCGGGUUCGCGCGAGGCAAUUUCUGACCUUCCUAUCGUUGGCGCGCGAAGGUGACACGGCACGUACCGCAGGUACAUAGCCGCAGGCAGGAACCGGAGGGCUGCAGAGAGACCUGUAAUCGAAAAAUAUUUGAUUGAAGCAUUUAUCGGCAUAGGAAUAAUCUGUUCAUUGGUACUUUGAGGAAGAAAGGUUCAACAGUGAAUAUUUUAUCUUGAGAGUGAACAAAGUACAAUAAUCAACUAAGAGAGAGUUUGAUUUUUGUAGCAAGAAUGUCGGGGAACACUGAUGGUUCUAAUAAUAAUACCUGUGUGGUGUGCUACAAGAAUGUCGACAUUUACAGCAUUGGCAUGUGCGAGCAUCCUGUAUGUUACGAGUGUAGCACCAGGAUGAGAGUGCUCUGUCGCCAGAACGAAUGUCCUAUUUGCCGUCAGGAUCUGCCAAAAGUUGUGUUCACAAGAGAGAUCAAACCCUUCCAUAGUUUGACUAGUGCAAAUCUACUAGAUACCCGAUAUGACAUCUACUUCAGUAAUCUUGACAUUCAGGAGAAAUUCACCGAGUUGUUAAUCAAUACUUGCUCGAUAUGUAAGGAGAAGCCAGUGUUCAGCACUUUCCAUAAUUUAAAAGAUCAUAUGCGACAACGACACGAAUUGCAUUAUUGUGACCUGUGUGUGGAGAAUUUGAAGAUAUUUUCGCAUGAAAGACGUUGUUACACAAGAUCGAAUCUAGCCACGCAUCGGAGAAAGGGUGAUAUUGACGAUAAAAGCCACAAGGGUCAUCCACUCUGUGAAUUCUGUGAUCAGCGUUACAUGGACAAUGACGAAUUAUAUCGGCAUUUGAGACGUGAUCAUUUGUACUGUCAUUUCUGCGACGCGGAUGGUUUACAUCAAUAUUAUAGCUCGUACGACUAUCUCAGAGAUCAUUUUCGACAGGAGCACUAUUUAUGCGAGGAAGGGGUGUGCGCGGAUGAGAAAUUCACGAGUGUUUUCCGGACCGAUAUAGAUCUUAAGGCGCACAAGGCCAGCGUACAUGGCAAGCAGUUGAGUAAAGCUGCCGCUAAGCAGGCGAGAAUGUUAGAACUGGAAUUCACCCUGGCGCCGCGCGGUGAAAAUCGGAUGAAUAGAAGAGGCAUGCUAGGUGCGUCGACUUCGAGAAACACAAGAGAUUACAGUUCUAGGGAUUACCAACAAGGCUCGAUACCUGGCGGAUCCAAUUCGUUUACAUCCAACAACGAGCCCAUCUUUACGAGACAACCGUCUGUGGAUGUACAGAGCACCGACGAGUUUCCUACAUUAGGUGGUAGUGUCGCUCCUGUUGUUCCCACUUUAACGCAAGCCAAAAGCAGAGGAAAUGUAACUAUUCGCAGCACUGUGAGAAAUCAACCGCUCGCUGUAACGGACGAGAAUUUCCCUGCGCUAGGUCCAGAGUCGGCUGGCCCUAGUAUAUCGAAAACUGUCAACUUCAGUGUCUCCAGCAGUAGCAACUCCUCUGGAUCCGGUGGCAUAACACAGUGUCAAAAAACUUCGACAUCUUCAAACGUUUCCAUUCAGGUGAACCACGAAUCUAAUGGUACCGUUACCACAAGAGUGUCCGGACCCAACAUCAGAAUACGUCCCGCGCAAUUGUCCAUAGAUUCCGAAUUUCCUGCUUUGGGUAGUUCCGAACCGUCUACCAGUACUGCUAAUUCGACUCAGUGGAAGGAAGUUUUACAGUGGACAUGCUCGAAAUCAGCACCGGCGAACGUGCCAAAAUCCAAGAAAGUCGCACCGCCACCCUCAAUACCGUCGCCGCCACCUAUUCAGUCUGGCGAGGAUUUCCCAAGUUUAUCCAAAUCGUCCAAAUCAAAAAAACAAUCAGUAAUCACAGUAGUGCCAUCAUGGGGACAGAACUCGCAAAGUUCUGGCACUAGCAACAAUACGAAGACGACGGAUCAAACAAAGGGGAAGACGAAGAAGAAAAAAGCAAAGCAGGCUUCAAAUGGCAAUAAUUCGAGCGGAAACGAGUCUAGUAGUUCUAAAUCGAAUGUAAAUACCAAUGUAGCGCGGAAGGACGUCGAAUUGGCGUGCACCGAUGACUUGGACAACUCUCACGUCGUGUCUAAAAAGAGUUCGCAAAUCACACACGGUACUAAUAACGAUACGAGUAGUGACAUCACGUCUAAGAGUUCGGCUGUGCAAAAUUCGAAAGACUGGGAACAUGCGAACAAGAAGGACAAGAAGAAGAGCAAGAACAACGCAGACGGAAGUUUGAGCACCGUGACAGUCAUAAAUACGGAAUCUUCGAACGGCAGCAAUGUUCUUCUAAACGGAGAAAAACAACGGAAGCGCAGCGAGCUCAAGAUAGACAGUUUGAAUGCGACCAAUAAUAAUAUCCAUCGGACGGAGGACUUUCCUGCUCUAGGUAGCACCAGCGGCAGCAGACCGCCCGGCUUCACGAACCCGCCUCCCGGCUUCACUUCGCCGACUCUACCGCCACCCGGUUUCUCCGUCAAGUACAACAACACCGACAGACUGCACGGCAGCAACGGCUUGACGUUCACAAAUAGUUCCGGCGAAAGCUACUCUAUUCUGCCGGACAACAGCAACAAACACGCUGCCCACGCAUACGUAUCACCGCCAGAUUUUCAGAAACGAAACACAUGCCUCGUGGCGAAACUCAACGAGGUCCUUGUGCAACAAGACAAGAUUGAGGAGUUUCGCUACGUGAGCGGCCUCUUUCGCGGAGGCACCUGUGAUGCCGAAGAGUAUUACACGCACUGUCGCAAAGUUAUGGGGACCAACGCUUUCGAAAGUGUAUUCCCCGAGCUUUUGGUAUUAUUGCCAGACAUUGCGAAACAACAGGAGCUAUUCAAGGUGCACAAGAGAGAAGCAAGCGGCAAGCCGAAAGGGCUGGAGAUGUGCGCGACGUGCGGUCAGAUUCUCAAGAACGGCCCAGACUUUAGAAUGCAUAUGUCUAGUCACACACUGGAGAAUCAUUUUCCAGCGCUGGGCAAGAGUAAUACGCCGCCGCCGAAGAACACGUGGGUACGUAAAUGAGUCAAUUACGCUCUUUCGUCGGUCGUUGCCAUCGUUCUCGAGAACUUGAGUGAACCAAAUAUCUGCGCUGAAACAAAAGUUGUAAAUACGUAACUCUUGUUGUUUGUACCAUCACUGAGAUAAUCCUCACUGCGUUGUGUUUAUCUAAUAUAAUUAUGCGAGCGUAAUGCGUACUAUUUAUUCCAAGGGUCAGUCAAUCCUUAGUGUUAAAACGACGGAUAGAACUAGCGCUGAUUAUUCGCCGUAGGAUUAAUACCUGUUGAGUAAAUUAUGAGACGAUUGAUUGAAAUAAAAGGAAAAAAAAAGAUAUAUAUAUACGUUUUUACACACGGUUAUAUUGACUAUGUAGUGCUUCGAAACGCCUCUGACGUGAUAAAUGAGAUCAAAUAUUUUUUUGUAUAAUAAACUUUAUGAAAAAUAAGAUACUAAAUACAAAGUCUGUUACAAGUUAUAAAAGUGGACGCAUGCAUAUAUUAUAUAUAGCGACGUUGCACACUAACGUUUCAACGAUUAUCUAUUUCUGUGCUGUAUUUUAAGACACCGUGUACAUAAAGUUCGUAAAUAGAAAAGCGUUCCUUCUGUAAUUUAUUUGCCAUCUUUCUCCAAAUAGAGAUGGGAUAGAUUGCUGUGGUACAUAUGAGAGAAUAACACCAUACAUUAACAAACUGUUUGAUACGUUAUACAUUAUACAGUACUUGUAGCACUACUGUACUGUUUUGUACUGUAAUAAAACUGUACAUUUUCAGUUAACAUGA